AUGACUACAUUGACGAAUAGCGUCAAGCGAUUUUUAUUCAUUAUGCUGAUGUGCCGCGUUUUUUUUUGUGUCGCUAGCGAAGAAUUUGCGAAAGUAUCUCUCAUACUAAAUAUAGCACGUGAAAACUUCAAAAGUUGGCAUAAAAAGGGGAGACGAAACGAAGCACAAGCACAACUGAAAAGCGAAAAUGAAUGGAGGUCAAAUUUAUCAAAAUCAACCAAACAAAUGGUGAGGUCAUUUGUAGGAAUAGAAUGUCUGCAAAUUUUAGAAAAUCUUUCGAAAGCAUUUGCUAUAGAAUAUUUGCAAGUCAACAUUCAUUACAACGGAUCAGGAAGAUAA